UUCCAAUAUGGCGGACGCGCUGACGUUUCUAAUUUACCGGGCGACUAGAGAGCGGUCUGGUUGCAGGGGCGCUCCAGCAGACCUCCGCUAGAGAACGUUACUGCUGCCAGGAGCUCUUGAGCAAACCCAGCGCAGGGUCUAUUCUCCUGCAUCCCUUUUCGUAGCAUCUCUUGUUUUCCUGCUUUGGAAGCCAUAAUUUUGAAAGCCGGAGGCUACAUCCGGUUACCUCCAGCUAGCGUCAGAAACAUCACGAUGGCAGCGGAGUCCGAGGUUCAGUCUGAGAUCGAGGUGCUGCAGUCCAUCUACCUGGAGGAGCUGCAGGUGGACAGGAGAGAGGACGGGGGCUGGGCGGUGAGUCUGGUUCUGUACCCGUCCACAGCGGAGGACUCGGUCUCUCAGUUUGUCCGACUGACUCUCACUCUCACCCUCGACCGCCAGUACCCCUCGACGUCUCCGGUCAUCUCCAUCCAUCACCCGCGGGGGCUCUCCGACGAUAAACUCAGCAGCGUCCAGAAGUGUCUCCAGGCUGAGGCUGAGUCGUGGCUCGGUUCGCCGGUGCUGUAUCAGCUCAUCGAGAAAGCUAAAGAAAUCCUGACUGAGAGCAACAUCCCUCAUGGAAACUGUGUCAUAUGCCUCUACGGUUUUAAGGAGGGAGAGACCUUCACAAAGACCGGCUGCUACCACUACUUCCACUCGCACUGCCUCGGCCGCUACGUCGGCCACUCGGAGCGGGAGCUGCGGCAGAGGGAGAAGGAGCUGCAGGAGGACAAGACCAGAGACGGGAGCAGCCUUCAGGAGCUGACGGUGGUGUGUCCGGUCUGCAGGGAGCCCCUCACCUAUGACGUCAACCAGCUUUUAUCGUCUCCUGCCCCGGAGCUGCCUGAGCUCGACCAGGCGGCCAUCGGCUCGGACUUUCAGCGGCGGUGGGGGAAGCUCCAGCAGCUGCUGGAGAGGCAGAGGCGUAACGGUGGGAUCAUCAACCCGGAGGAGGAGUCCAACCGCUUCCUGAUCCACAUCCAGGAGUCCCCUCCUGUGGCUGAAAACGGCGACCCGGAGGUCGACGCCUCUCCAGACCCUCACGUUCCCCCCCCUUCAAACGAAAGCAGCGUCCGAGCGGAGCGCCUCGUUCCCGGACUGUCCCAGUUCAGAGGCUUUCCGGUCCAGAGGCGUCAGAACCAGGCGAGGGGGCCGAGAAGAGGAGGAAGGCCCAAACCCCAUCCCGGGCAGGGCCCCCCCAUCACACGACACCUGGAGCAGCUCUCCCUGUCGCCGGACCCCUCGGAUCAGUCAAAGACGAUCAAAGUUCAGGGAGACGGGGGCCGACCGACCCAGAGGGACCCGGAAUCCUGUCAGAACAGAACCGGGGAGGAACCAGAGAAGCAGCUUUCUCCAAAUCAUCUGUCAGCUUCAGAAACUGAAGGCCCAAAAGAUGGGGCCCACUCUCUUGGCGGCCGGGGUCACCGAGGGAGAAGAAGGGGCCCCUACCGGCCCGCCCAGCACAUCGGAGCCCCCGGCCCCCCACAGCAGUUCUGGGACAGCCGGCCCAGAAGUCGAGGAGGCCCAAACAACCCGUACAGCAGAGGAGGCGGACCCCGGCGGGGCCAUUACGGCAGGGGCCUCCAACAGAAGGUGGUGGACAGAGGCAGAGAGGAGGUGGUAUGACACAGGGCGACAGGAGGGCGGACGGGCGCGGCUACCUUUGGCUCCACGGUCAGUUUGAGGCCCUGCAGCAGAAAAGACUCUCGCCGUCUCUCAUCCUCCCGCUGGCUGCCGCUGCCGCACGCCCGCCGCCUCAGGCCCACCGAGGCUCUGCCCCGGCGGCGCCUGCUCUGUGACGUGGUGCCAUGCGAGUUAAAGAACUACAGAUCACAUCUUCUCUGGAUGUCUGAAUGUGGCAGUCGCUGCCUGUGGCUCCAGUUUGGUCCGUUUAGAAGUCACCUUUUGAAAAAAUGUCCAACUUUUUUUGAUUUACUGCAGAUUACAAGAAUAUGGUCCAGUGGGGAAGAAGCACAGAGAAAGAGGCUCACACCGCCAAAUAAAACGAUCAAAUUAACUCUCUGUCACCUUCUCACUCCUUUGUAACUUUUGUAUUUUUGGUAGAACUAAGGAAAUAUGCUUAUUUAUUGAAUAAAUAUUACCUGACCUGCAGAAAUAAUAAUUCAUUUAAAUCUGAAAAGCAGUAGAAUAACAAAAUGACUGACAUCUGUCAGUCUGGAAAGGCAAAUUCAGAGAGAAAUGGCCUUCACGGGAGCGUUCCAAAGCCAGAACCGCAACUGAUCCAAAAGAACACAAAGGCCUGUGUCACGUUUACCGGAAAUCAACUUGAUGACCCCAAAGACUUUAGGGAAAAUAUUACGCGGGCCGAUGGCUGUGGGUCAUGUUCCAUCUGACCAAGAACUAAACCAGUGGUUCAGAACCCGACCGUCACCCCGACAGCCAAACAUGGUGCUGGUUUGAAGUAAAACUUCCUCCUCAGAGCUCUGUAGAUAAAUGUUUUCAGAUGUUGGUUGAAUUAAAACAUGUCUGCAGAGGAGAGAGUCAAAAACCACUAAAUAAACACCAUAUAGAUGUUCUAAUAUAUUACAUAUUAGAACAUGUGUUCUGGUGAGAGCUUUUGAAAACAAGCAUACUUUUCAUUAAGCCCACAUUUCUGUAUUGAAAUAGAUUUUUUUAUUGGUCUGACGUAAUCUAAAGUGUGUUUUCAUCUGCUGUAUCCGGAACAUCAUCAUGAUUAACAGAAAUAAAUGCUUGGAAACAUCA